ACUAAAAAAAUAUUUGUAUAUUUCACUGUAGUCAUGUUUUAAAAUAUAUUUGUUAUGUAACACACCGCUAUGAGUGUACUAGACCACUUUUAUAGCGCGUUAGGUAUCAUUUUGGAGUCUAGUUAUUAUAUCAUCGGAGCAGGUACUUUGUAUAUAAUCAUUAAGGUGAUUGAAUUUAAAGUCUUAGGCAGUACACUGGCUUCUGAGGAUCUUUUUGCUAAGCGUGUCAAGCCUGACUAUUGCCUAGUGCUUGAUCUGGACGAUACCAUCUUACAUUCAGUUAGUACCCGUGGUAACAAUGAGACUUCUUCGGUUGCGCUUACUGUGGGCAAUCGAACGCUCAACUUCGUUGUUUACAAGCGACCUCAUUUGGACACGUUUUUGAUGGAAAUGCGCAAGUAUUAUGAGAUUGUUUUGUACAGUACUUCAAGGCGCAGAUACGUCGACGCCUGUUUAAGUGAUGCUUGUGUUAACCAUUUGAUAGAUCGGAAAUUAUAUCGCAGUGACUGUUUCUUAGAUGCCAAUGGGACCUACAUAAAGGAUCUUUCUAAGGUCAGUAGUGACAUGUCUAAGGUUGUUCUUCUAAACAAUCCACUUAUGGAAGGUUUUCCGGAUUUACCUAAUGUGGUACCUAUAGACAGUUGGUUUGGCGGUUUAUCGGAUACUGCGUUGCUAGAUGUGAUGCCGUUUUUAAAAGCGUUAACACAAUUGGACGACGUCCGUUAUAUAUUGGGACUUAGGUGCUCCGAUAACCGUGGAUACUCUGGGCAGCUUCCUGUAUGUAGCCCAGAUAGUGGCGAAGCCUCAGACGACUCGCCACGUGCAGGAAUGUUACCGGAGAUUUCUGAUGACAUGGAUAACUGGGACGUCAUAGGCGCUCGCCUGACAACGCGUGUUAAGGAGAUUUUCACGAAUAUGGGAUUCAACACUGACAAUCCAGUUACACCCGUAUCAUCCAAUCAGAUUUAAACGCUGGAUUGAUGUUUAGGUC